AGCCAUGAUGAUUGGUCCACACAAGAGUUGAAAAACUAGUGUCCAAGUCCUCAAGAGAAUCUACUUGGCACCCACCAACACACGUUCUGAAGGUGCGAAGGAGUUAACACCGGUGAAGCCAUUCUUGACCAAUGAGGAUGGAAGUGCUUUUGUGUCCUGGGCAAAUAGUCCGGACAUGCAUUCAUAAGCUUUCUAAGACUGUGAUACUACUUGGGUUAUUGACAACACCAGUAAUAAUCACUUAUCUGAUCAACUGGAAUAUGUCACUAUCCGUAUGGAAUUCCUUACACCUGCUCGAGUUAUCAUGGUGGCUCCGUUCAACUAGACUCUGAAUGUGUGCAUGCCUCCUCAGGAUUCACCAAUGCAAAGUCUCUGAGAUGCAAAUAUCAUGAGCUUUUAUCAGCAACCCCAGAUGGUAGAUGGAUUUAUUGUUAGAAGACUUCUCAGAGAAGAUCUCUGAUACUAUCUCAAGACUGCAAGGAACAGACAUCUAGAUGGUGAGCCUUCAAACUCUCCGGGCUGAGAGGACAAAGUGGUGUUUGGUACUGGGAGAAAAGAGGACUUGCAAUGAUUCCCUGGCAGGACCCAAGGCCUUCAGGAUGGACACCAGAGCCUGAGGAGUUUCAAUCCUUACCCAGAGCUCUGAGCCAAAGAUACCUGUGUCUCUAAUAUGGCAGAAACACAACAACGAAGCCUUGAAGGGACUAUUCCAGCACCCCAGUGUUACAAGUGACCUUUUACGGAGCUCAGCAUUGAUUUAAAUAUGCUGAUGAAAUCACUUGGCUUGCAAGAUGUUUGAUAGAAAAAUGAAACCUUAAACUACCAACUGAGUUUGAACAGAUGAUGUUUUUCUGACUAACACACCAAUAUUCAUUAAACAGAAGUAUGUGUCCAAAGUUCAGAGACACAUUCUACUUGCUUAUUACAGAACUAAACUUGAAUUUUCCUCUAGUCUUGUUCAGUUACUACAUCGAAAGAAUUCUAGGACUUGGAGAGAUUACUAGGUUCAAGAUUGAAUGAGAAGUUAUCAAAAAGAAUCUCCCGUAUAACAAUUUGUUAUUGUGUUAGUAACUUAGAGGCACCUAGUAUUUUUCAAUUCAUUUUAGGAUUACUUCUUGGAGGGACACUUAACUUCUGAAGCUCUUGAAUCCUUUCUAAAAGGUCUCAAUCACGAAAGUUCUCCACUCAAAUUUCAGAUUUCUCCCUUUCCCUCCAUCUAUACCCCAGAACCAGGGUCCCUCUUGGGCAUGGAUUAGGUUCCAGUGAGAAGGAAGACGAUGCACCAUGAUAAAGCAAUACCCCUGGGAAAAGACGAUUAACAUGUAUAAAGGGAUUUCCCUGCAGUAUAAGUACCAAGCACGCGUCCUCCUGGUGCUCAGGGCCUUCCUGAUGUAUAUAUGCAGGGAGUGAGAUUUGAAACGGCCCUUGGAAACAGUAAUAGAAUAAAAGUCUGAGCUGGGGAGCAGCAGUUCUCAGCUUUCUCCUGUCUUGUGGGAAUGAGUUGCCAACCUUUUACUUCGGCUGAUACCUUCAUACCUCUGAAUUCGGAGGCUUCUGCAACUCUGCCUCUGAUCAUGCAUCACAGCGCUGCCGAGUGCCUCCCGGUCUCCAACCAUGCAACCAACGUGAUGUCCACAGCAACGGGACUUCAUUAUUCUGUUCCUUCCUGUCAUUAUGGAAACCAGCCAUCGACCUAUGGAGUGAUGGCAGGUAGCUUAACACCUUGUCUUUAUAAGUUUCCUGACCACACCUUGAGUCAUGGCUUUCCUUCCAUGCACCAGCCUCUCCUGGCAGAGGACCCCACCGUCACUGAUUUCAAGCAGGAACUCAGGCGGAAAAGUAAAUUGGUGGAAGAGCCAAUAGACAUGGAUUCUCCAGAAAUCCGAGAACUUGAGAAGUUUGCCAAUGAAUUUAAAGUGAGAAGAAUUAAGUUAGGCUACACCCAAACCAACGUCGGGGAAGCCCUGGCAGCUGUGCACGGCUCUGAAUUCAGUCAAACAACUAUCUGCCGAUUCGAAAACCUGCAGCUCAGCUUUAAAAAUGCCUGCAAGCUAAAAGCAAUAUUAUCUAAAUGGCUGGAGGAAGCUGAGCAAGUAGGAGCUUUGUACAAUGAAAAAGUGGGAGCGAAUGAAAGAAAACGGAAGCGAAGAACAACAAUAAGUAUUGCUGCUAAAGAUGCUCUGGAGAGGCACUUCGGAGAACAGAAUAAACCUUCCUCUCAAGAGAUCAUGCGAAUGGCUGAAGAACUGAAUCUUGAGAAAGAAGUAGUAAGAGUUUGGUUUUGCAAUCGAAGGCAGAGAGAAAAACGGGUGAAAACAAGUCUUAAUCAGAGUUUAUUUACUAUUUCUAAGGAACAUCUUGAAUGCAGAUAAAAUUUAUUAUUGUGUGACAGCCAAUU